AUGCCCGCUAAGAAGCGUAAGGCAACGGCGGCAAACGCCCAAAACAAGGCAAGGAGAAUCAAGACCGGUGCCUCGGAGGAAGACAUCCAGGGUUCCAACGUGGAAGGUUCCACUGUCAAGCCGGCGGACGAUACAAAGAACGAUCUGGACAAGUACGUUGAAGAGCUGGAGAGAGAGCUUCAAGUCGCGUCUGAAAGCUGCAUGGUGUUGUGGAACAAUGAGAUGUACAGGAAUGGGUUCUACGGCCACUGGACCAUGGUCGGCGCUCACCAUUGGAGCAAUGAUGUGGGUAUAUUAUUUUUCAUGUGUGAUAACUGGUGCUACAACUAUGCCCUUAGGGAACCCACUGGGGGAUAUGAUAGCAUCCUGUCCAAAGAGCAGAAGAAACAAUUGAUUCUUAGCAUGGACGGAUGGGUGGUUCAGGAAAGUUUUGACAGCAUCCUGUCGCGCGUUCCUCCCGCUACGCGCGCGACGUUGGUGAUGUACUUCAUGGAGAUCAUCAUACUCAAGGAUAUCUGGCACCUAUUUUGGGAGAAUCCGUUUUGGUAUUUAAGACCGGAUCCAAGCAGUGAACCGGGCCUCGAUCCAGUGACUCCGUUCGGCAAAGAUGCCUACCGCGUCUACCAAGAGUUUAGGAGAGCGGAUCUGAAGCUGGCACAGCACUGGCGGGCCCAGACAGUACGCCUUGCCAACACACGCGUCAAGCACCGUUACUUAGAUAACACCUUCCACGCCCAGAACCUGGCCUUUCGAGAAGCCAAAGCCAAGGAGUUCGCCCAGGCCAGAUAUGCCGACACGAUCUUCCAAUGCUUGCUCGCGGAGCGUGGUCCGAUGACAGAGGAGAGUCUCAUCUCCUUGUAUCAGGAGAACGCUGAGCUAGCGGUGAAAAUCGCCGCAGCACAACCGGCCAUGGAAUGGCGUCUUCUGAAAGACGUCCCCACAACAUUCGAACGUACCUCACCUGAGAUUGAAACCGUCAGCAGCCAUGGUCUCUUCGAGAAAGAGAGGAGACUUAACGGGCGACGAGUGCUCGCUGUUGUUACUCCCGUUCUCCGGAAGACCGGCACAUGGGCGGACUUUGGCAAAGAUAGGGUCAUGUGCAAGGGCAGAGUGAUUGUGGAUGACCCCAGCAAGCGUCCCCCCAUUAAUUAUUGGGAUCCGGGGAAGGCCAAGGCGGAAAGGAAGAAGGCCAGGGAAGAGAAGAGGGCCAGAGAGGAGAAGAAGGCGAGGGAGGAGAAGGAGAAGGCAGAGGCUGAAGGGGCCGAGAGUGCUGAUGGAAAGGAAAGCUCCCCGAAAGGCAAGACGAGGAAGGGAGGCAAGACGAGAACUUGA